UUCAUUUUCAAUCAUCAAAGAGAUCGUUACUUACUAUUUGAUCAGAUGUGUUCUCAUCACUUUUGCAUAAUGACAUUUUCGUAAACGAGAUAGAAAUAAAUUUGUUUAAAUGUUCAAUAUGGACAUGGAUCCCAUGACGAUGUCGAAUGCAUCGUGCGAUGGCUGCAUUGACAGUGAUCGGGAUUCAGACAGCAGCAGCAUGAUCGUUGAUCCAGUGAGCCUGGACAAAAAUGAUUUGUCACCUCAAACUUCAUCGAGUCCUACGAUUUCAAAAGCUUCAGGGGCAGCACGAAAUCGUAAUCGAAAUUAUAAAAAAACUUACUCCAUGAUGUCGGCUACACAGAAAACUAAUAAUCAAGGCUCAAAUUUCUCUACUGACAAACUAUCGUCAUCGCUGAUCAAGCCGCCCUAUUCUUACAUAGCACUUAUAACAAUGGCUAUUCUACAAUCUCCUCAAAAAAAGCUAACUCUCAGUGGUAUUUGUGAGUUCAUCAUGUCGAGGUUUCCCUAUUACCACGACAAGUUUCCCGCGUGGCAAAAUUCUAUACGGCACAAUUUAUCACUCAAUGAUUGCUUCAUCAAGAUCCCGCGAGAGCCGGGAAAUCCGGGCAAGGGCAAUUAUUGGACAUUGGAUCCACUGGCCGAAGAUAUGUUUGACAAUGGAAGCUUUCUGCGUCGUAGGAAACGCUACAAAAGGCCGCCACCACAUUACGUUCUUCGGGAUCGUGCGAUAAUGGCUACCUUCGCUAUUUGUGGUGGCGAACGGGGUCCUUGUCCAGGUGGAGGACAUCCGGGUUCCUUGCCGUAUCCAGGGGCUUAUCUCGCGCCGCCAGUCGGGCUCCCCCUUCUGGACUUUCCAUCUUCAGCAUUAGAAGCAUUAAAGCUAAGAGGAUUUUUGGAGCCACCUCCGCCGCUAUAUAAGCCGGUGCCGAUUUCUGCCCCGCCAGUCCGACAGGUUAAUAAUCCGCCCGUAAGAACGAGUUUGGAUUCGGGUAGCACGACGACGAGUAAUAAUAGUUGCGUCGAAAAGAAGAGGAGCUUUAGUAUCGAUUCGCUAAUUGGUAAGCAAGUGAAUCAUGUCACCGAACAAAAUAUGGUGAAUGGCUUGUUAGAUCUCAGUCCGUCGGAACACCGGGAGAUAAGGAGUCAAGCGUCCGCAUUCUCACCGCUGGUGUAAGUUAG